UUUUUUUUCUUCUGAGGAGGCUGUGCUCAACUUGUCGAGUGCAUAAGAGACUCCCUGUGCGCGACCCUCUCAGCAUUCAGGACCAGAGUGCCAGGCGAUCCAACUAUUCUGCUGAUACUCGGGGCCCACUGGAGCUCAUCUUUCUACUUCCACUCUUGUCUGCAAGUCUGAAUUUCCUUCAAGGGGAUCGCACAGGCUUUGUUUAAGCCGUGGGAGCCAGCGGGAGUUUGAUCAUGGCCGUGUCCCACGAGAGGAGUGUGCGUCUGGGGCUCUGGGUGCUCCUCUUGCUGGGAGCGGGCACGGUUGUGGACGCAUGCAGCUGCCACCCAGCUCACCCACAGCAGCUCUUCUGCAGCGCCGAGACGGUGAUCAGAGCAAAGAUUGCUGGGGAGAAGAUUGUGUCGCCUAGCAACAGCUCCUCCCCCUACAUGAAGAUGAUCCAAUAUGAAAUAAAGAUGAUCAAGAUGUUUAAAGGGUUCGACAAGGCCAAGGAUAUCCAGUAUGUGUACACUCCAGUCUUCUCCUCGCUGUGUGGAGUUAAAUUAGACUCUAACAAUAAAGCGGGAUAUCUGCUUUCAGGAAGUAUGUGGAGUGACGGGCGACUUUCCAUUGGCCAGUGUGACCUGGUGGAGUCCUGGGACAAUUUAUCACUCUCACAAAGGAAGAAUCUCAACUACAGAUACCAGAUGGGCUGUGAAUGCAGAAUCAACGUGUGCUACACGGUGCCGUGCGUGUCCACAGGAGAAAACGAAUGCUUGUGGACGGACUGGUUGCUGGAUAACAGCCUUAAUGGCGAGCAGGCACGGCAGUACGCGUGCAUUCGGCGCUCCGACACAACCUGCGGCUGGUACAGGGGUGGCCACGCCCCCGAGAAAGACUUCCUGGACAUGACCGACCCUUGACUGACUCAAGAUUCCAUCUCCAUCUGACCCAUGUGACACCUCCAGUCAGAGGGAUGUCCUGCUUUGGCUUAAUAGCUCAAAUGUGGAUGCUUAUGCUUAACAUAGCAACAACUGUUUACAAAGCUGUUUUAAAAAUGUUGCUUCAUUUCACAACAUCAAAAGUUCCUGACGCAAACUAAGUGGAUGCUUUGGUGGUCUCUGCUGCAAAAUGUCUAAAGACCAGCUUGUUAAAAAUGCUACUGCUUAAAUGCUCAUUGGAAAAAGAAGACAUCACACAAUAAUUUAGAAUAGACUCAAAUGAUUCUUCUCCUUUAGUAGCUCUUUGUGAUAUCUUAUGACUCAGCUAAAUUUCUACGCUCACAGAAUCUUUAACAGUCAUUUUCUACAAAUAACACAAUGCUCGCUGCUAAAAAUUUGUUGUAGUUAACUACACCAAUUUAAGUAGAAACUAAAACGCUUGGAAUGGUCAAAGCAGGUGAUAUGCCUUAUGAAGCUACUAAAGCUAUUAAAGCCUUUAGUUUAAGGUAACAAUUUUGUUUUUAACAACAAUCUGCUCGCUUCUGGUUA